AUGUUUCCUACACGCGCGCUGUUUAAGCGAUCAGUAUGGAAGGGUCCCAAUAUUGUUCCACUCCCCCUUCCAAAAACAAUUCCUCCACCCCCAGGAACGCCUGCGAUUAAGACUCAAGCGCGCUCCGCGACUAUUCUACCCAAUUUCGUUGGCUUGAAGUUCGCAGUGCAUAAUGGAAUGACGUACAAUGAAGUUUAUAUCACGGACGAGAUGGUGGGGAGGAAGCUGGGGGAGUUUUCACAGACACGGAAGCGGUUCCGAUAUGAACACUCGAAGAAUUAA